AUGUUAUCAAAUGAGACACCUUCGGUAUUUGCCAAUGACACGGAAGACACCAAUGUCACCAGUGACGUUUCAGGGCCGGUGUAUGACACUCAGAUUCUUACCAUUCUCACACCCAUGUACUGGACUCUUACAGUAGUUAUCGUCGCCGUCAAUGGAGCAUUGUUGUUCUUGUACUUCAAAGACAAGGGUGUUCGCUUAAGUUUAAACUAUUUCGUGGUGUCCCAAAUCAUUAUCGACAUCAUGGUCGGUUUGGUGGGAAUUCCAUUGGUGCUGCUAUACCCCCGUCAGCGCCUUGCCAGAAACACCGACGUCCCGGAUGGCGUCUGUGUGGUGACACUGCUUCUUCAGCUCGCCAUAACGACAAUAGAGCCGUGGGGCGUGACGUUUAUAGCAAUUGACAGAUUGGUUGCCGUGGCGCGACCGUCUAGCUACAAGAUGGCCAUUACCAACAGGCGGAGCGCCGUCGCUAUCAUUUCAUUGUGGUGUUUCGUACUUUUUGUCAACAUACUACCCUUAAUGAACUUAGACUCGAUAGGUGGGGAGCAAUGGAGGUCAUACUGCUCAGGGCGCUAUCGCUAUCCCAUUGCCUAUCUCCAUGCUAUCGUCUAUCUUCUGUUUGCUAUACCCGUUGUUCUUACCGUCGUCUGCUACAUCGCCAUGUACGUCGUUAUAAAACGCAAGAACAACCAAUCCAGCGUCGCAGACUCUGGAGAAAGCCAGCCAAGUUUCCAGAAGGCGGUGAGAGCCGCCAAAACGUGCCUCAUCACGACUUUGCUGGUGUGUCUUGGUUGGGUCCCGUACCUUGGCUUCAUGACUGUCUUACCGCUUAUCCCGAACGUUCCGUUCACCACCCGACUUUACAGUUUCGCCCUAACAUUCUUGUUCGCCGCCGCUGUUAGCGCUGCUAAUCCACUGGUCUAUUUCGUCCGGUCCCACACCAUUAAGACUGCCAUUAGACGUACAUUCGGUACGAGAAUCGUGCCAGUUAAUGUCCCAAGCAACGGUGCGACGAGCAGCGUCUUCAAUGCGUCGCUUAUUCGGAGCCAACAGAACACCACUAUUAUCACUCGAAUGACAGUAAAUGCUAAAGUGAAUUCAACUUUAGCUCCCAAGACAGAAAAUACCAAUAAGCCCCAUGUUCGGUUGAAACCUCGCUCUUCCAGGAUGGAGAGGUAG